AUGUCAUCUGGAGAAUCCUCACGUCCAACAUCCAACCGUCGUCGACUCAACAGAGAUCCUAAAAUCGACCCGAACAUCCGGAAACAAUAUAUGCCACUUCUUCCGGAAUGGGACUCCCAACUUCCAGAAGUUCUCGAAGAAUCUGUGGUGGUUCAGGCGAAGGUUCGAGCAGAGGAUGGUCGCGAAUCUGUUAUUGAUAAUAUUUGA